ACUAAAACAUACAAAUACGCAAAGCAACAUGAGUUCGAGGUACCAAAUCGAGAAGCUGGACGAAAAGAAUUGUGAUUGUUGGAGCGUUCAGAUGCGAAGCGUGUUAGUGCAUGCUGAAUUGUGGAAGGUGACAUCGGGGGAGUCCAAGCGGGAAGUUGUGAGUGGUGACGAAUUGUCAAAGUGGAUAGCACAGGCUGAAAAGGCUUUGGCCAUGGUCACAUUAAGUGUGAAGCCGUCACAGUUAAAUUAUUUGCGGCAUUGCAAGUCAGCGGUGGAUGCAUGUAAGCGACUUAAAAACGUCUACCAGCCAAGCGGCCCUGUGAGAAAAGUUUCGCUAUACAAAAAGUUGCUGAGUCUCAAAAUGACAGAGGACUAUAUUACAAAUUUAUAAAACAGGAUGACGCAAAAAAUAAAAAAUAUAAAUAUAUAACAUGGUUAUCAUAACAAAUGAAGAAGAAUAAGCAUUGAAUUGACAUAGCACCUUCCUUAAAGGUGUGUUCAUGCCAUAAACGGUUUUUGCUAAGCCAACAUAAAAUGAUUCAUUGCAACGAAGAGUACGUGGAGGAACAUUAAAACCAAUUCUCAUAAGAAGGAAUGGACAAUCAAUAGGAAGUAGGUACCAGUCUUAAUAGCUUAGCAUAGGAGGUAUAAUGACAUUUACUAAUAUUAAGGAAUAGACAAUUACGCAUACACCAAUUGUAUAAAAUGUCGAGCUCAGCCUGGAGAGUUAGUGAAUCUUGCGGGCAACUAAUUUCAUAAUAAAUCUUCAGGUCAUCAGCAUACAGCAAGAAGUUAGAUUUAGAGAAACAAGAGAAAAUAUCAUUAAUAAAGAGCAGAAAUAAUAAAGGACCCAAGAUACUCCCCUGGGGAACACCUGAGGAAGCAAUGAACGAACGGGAAGAUACGUUUUCAAUUACGACAACACAGCGCCUCUUACUUAAAUACGAUAUAAUCCACUUCAAGAAAGCAGAGUGGAAGCUUAGUCUCGCCAGUUUAGCUAUCAAGAUACGGUGAGAUACCCUAUUGGAGGCCUUAGAGAAAUCCGAGUAGACGGCAUCAAUUUGGAAUCCCUUUUGAAAGGUUGCCAAACAGUCCUCCGUAAAUACCGCUAAGUUAGUUACCGUUGAUCUGCCCGGGAUAAAUCCAUGUUGAUUAGGACAUACCACGUGCUUAGUAUCACAGUAUAUUUUGUCUUUCACGAUACAUUCGAACAGCUUAGAGACAGAAGUGAGCUUGGAAAUCGGCCUAUAGUUCGCUAUAUCAUUUUUAUUACCAGUUUUGAGAAUCGGGGUAAUGAAAGCCAGUUUCCAGUCGUCGAGAAACACCCCAUCAGCCAAUGACAUAUUAAAUAUAUGUCACAAAGGCUCGAUAAGAGAGGGGCAGCUUUUUAACAAGAUAACCGAGCGGCCAUCGGCGUCAGUAUUAGUGGAAUACUUUAAAUUAGUUAUGCCAUUAACAACAUCCUCAUAAGACAAAAAUAAGUUACCGAAGUUGAGAGAAUUAUUAGAGUUUAAAGAAAGGUACUCAGGAGCAACACUAUCCGAGUUAUCUAAAAUAAAAUUGGACGAGAAAAAGUCAGCAAAAAGAUUGACAGCAUCCAAAAUAGAGUUAGCUGAAACAUCAUCUAGUUGAACUGAAGCGGGAAUAUUUAAGCAAUUCCUUUUCGACUUUAUGUAACUCCAGAAAAACUUAGGAUUUCUUUUUAUGUUACUUUCAACAUUGUGUAUGUAAUUUCUAUAUGAAGAUUUAUUCAGCUUGUUAAAUUUAGCUCUAUAAAACACAUAACGUUCGCGCAUAUUAGCGUCGUUUCCUUAAAAUUCCUUAGACGUUUGAGCUCUUUAGAGAACUAAGGGGGCUUAAAAGUUUUAGAGUGUAAUUGUGGAAUAUUUUUUAGACAAACAUCGUAAACGUUAGACUUAAAAAUAUCGAAACAACUAGUUACAUCCUUCUUCCCAAAAAGCUGAGACCAAUCUAAAACCAACAAAUUAUUAUUCAACUCAGUAAAAUCACAAAGAGAGUAAUUAAAAGCUACCCUCUGGAUGCCAGUAGGUAACUCAAAAAAUUCAAUUUCCAACACUAAUGGAGUAUGGUGCUGAUUUGGAGGAGAGAUGUAACUAGAUGCAUGCGAAAGUUUAAAGUUAAUAUUAUAGCUAACAAAAAUCAAAUCCAAAA